CUACAGCACCCGCAACUAGCCGCACCGCACCGCACCGCACCGAACACCAGACCCCACACACGAUGAGUGGUGGCUCGAAGAAGAAGUCCGGUGGCAAAAAGAACGGGUCUUCGGCCGCGGGCAGCACCGGCGACAAGGCCCCGGGUGCCGCCAGAGAGAGCAACAACAACUCCAACGCCAGCAACAACCCCAACGCCAACGCCAACACAGGCAACARCAGCAAUGGCAACAGCAAUGGCAAGGCAGACGGGAACGGACCGAACCCGCUGGUCCGACCGGCGUCGAGCCGCACCAUCCAGCCCCGGGGGAUCCUGACGGGAUUCUACCAGAAAAACGGCAAGCGCGUCCAGCACACGGUMCAAGACGGUGCCCUGCAGAUGCCGGGGGACGCCCUCGAAAUCAUCCGGACCGCCACCGAGCAGCUGGUGCCGAAGCCGUUGGAAGGCAGUGGGGAUAUCAUUAGCGAUGGCAUUGGCAUUAGCGAUAGCAACAACAGUAGCAACAACAACAAACACAACAAAAGCAACAACAACAAACACAACAAAAACAAACACAAGCGCAAGACCUACGACCUGCCGGGACUGGACUCGGUCGUCCGUCCCUGCCUCGAUCCGAAGAUCCGGAACCUGGUGAUCACGAAACUCCGGAUCGUGAAGCACAAGCGCGUCGUCGAACCAAAGCCGCCGGUGGAAACCGACGGGAACGAAGCUGCCCCCGAACCCGCGGCACCCCGCUUCCGGUUGGUCUCCUACACCGCGGCCCACAACCAGAGGAUCACUCGGCUUCCGGCGGCCGCCGCGUCGGUGGAACGCAUCCGGGGGGGCGGGGACGGGAGCGGGACCACAGAGAACGUUGCUCCCGGUGCCAAYCCCGGUGCUGCUUCCGGUCUGCAGGGACCACCCGGGCAUCCGUCCCUGCAACAGCCCCCRCAACCACAGCAACAAGCACAACCAUCGUUGCAGGCCCCGCCGCAGGUACCACCACCGGCAGCGGCCGGAGGGCUGGCCGCUAUGGAGAUCGACCCGCCGGCACCACCGAUGGCAGCAGCAGCAGCAGCAGCAGCUGCGCCACCACCAGCUUUUGCCGCUGCCGUGGUGCCACCGGCCCCUGCGCCGGCCGUGCCGACGACCGCCGCGGCCGGUGCUUUGGUUCCGCCGGCGGCAGCGGCCACCGCAGCGGCACCUCUAGCGCCAAUCCUCCCGGCCGCUCUUCCGGCGGCUACUGCGACUGCGACCGUCGCUGCCACCAGCACCGCUCCGCCUGCGGCUCCCGUUUCCGCGUCCGUCUCGCUGGGGAAYGCACAGAGCUCGGGGCCUUCUGCCCCCGCGGUGGCACCGGCGGGAGMUGCCACGGCGAUGGCAGCAGCAACGGCAGCAGCAACAGCAGCAGCAACAGCGACGGAAACGGCGACGGCAACGGCUACGGGUCCAUUGGUGCCGAGCGCAGCCCCCGCGGCUCCCAACCCUGCGCCAGUGGCGCCAGCCGCAGCGGCGCCGACACCGGUGGCUUCCGUUCCCGCAGCGGGAGCAAAGCCGGCGCCCACGGCACCCACCGCGGGUUCCGCUGCCCCCGGAACCCCGGCACCCGUGGCCGCUCMKGCCACCGCCGCGGGUGCUUCCGUCCCGGGUGCGGCUCCCUCUCCCGCCCUUUCGACAAAGCCACCGGCUGCCGCCAACGCCGGGACGAGCACCCACCACCCGAUGGCAAAACCCCCGGCGGGCCCGUCGUCCUCCGAUGCUGCGGCGGCGCAAGCGCCGGCUCCCGCGGUACCCGUAACGGCAACAUCGUCGUCGGCGCCCGCGUCGGCGCCCACGGCCGUGAAGCAAGAGGGGGGCAAGCCCAGGCAGGAGGAGCCCGAGGCCAAGACCCUGGCAGCCAAGCCGCCRCCACAGUGGGAACAGCACAAGCCCGCUCCGAACGACGAGACCGUCGCCCCCGAAAGCCAGCUCCCUCCCAGACCGGAAUGGUUCUCGAACGACKGCGUCCACGAAAUCGAGCGGACGAUGCUUCCGGAAUGGUUCGACGGCAGCUCCCCCCACAGGACGCCCGAAUCCUACCUCGAGACGAGGASGAAAAUCGUACGGAUGUCGGACACCCUCUCCAACCGAAACCUCACCAACGCCAUGAUCCGUCGAUCGGUGGUAGGGGACGCCGGGAGCCUGCAGCGGCUCCGGGGCUUUUUGGUCAAYUGGGGGAUCAUCAACCGCGACGGGAUCAACGACUCGGCACCGACGUCCGUCGGCCUCCGGCCGGAUCCCAAGAGGCCCGCCAGGUUCAGCGAUGCCAUGAAGGACGACCUGGUGGUGGCCGUCACGGAACAAGCCUCGAAGCGCCGCAAGCUGGCCAUGUCGGCACAGCCACCACCGUCGUCURCCGCGCUGGCGCUGGACUGGGAGGAAAUCGCCGAGAGCGUCGGCCACGGGGUCAGUGCCGAGGACUGCCGGCACAACUUUGUCACCGCGGACCUGGGCGAGGACGACCCAGCGGAGGCCGCGACACCGGGAUCCGGAGUGGCGGACGGGAACCCCACGGCGGGCGUAUCGAACCAGAAGGCCUUUGUCCAGUCCCUGAUCGAUAGCUCCGAUCCGAAGGUGGUCGAGGCGAUGUUCGAGGCGGCCGUCCGGGCCACGGGCGGCGGCAGCCCGGCGGACACGCGGGCCGCGGCCAUCCUCGGGAUCCACGCGACCGGGGCGGUCGCGAACGCCCGGGGCCACGAGAUCGACCUGGCCCUUCGGCUSUCGAAGCUCCUGGACGCGAGGAUGCAAAAGCUGGAAAACCGGAUGGCGAUGCUCGACGACGUUGAGGGGAUCCUCGAGGCCGAGAAGGUGGCCCUCGAGAUGGAACGCCGGGAUCUCUACACGGCCCGGUGCCGGCACUGGUUCGGGGGCGUCUGACGGGGUCGAUGCAACCGGUGCCUCCGAUCGAUUUCGGGGGAGCCUUGUCGUUUCUCUCUGUAGCUUGCAACACGGGUACCAUUUGCAAUAGCAACAACAUUGUGGAAMCAUGCCCUGUACCUCGAAACGAAACUUUUGUCGAACUGUUUCGGUCAAAGAGGAACGAUGCAGAGUGGAAGGCAAUAACAUGCCAUACUUUCGGAUCGAGACGAUGAUGAGUUUGAAAUAGCAAAUACAGUACSUUACAUCACUAUUGAGUAGCUACGGGAAAAUGCUUGUGACAACAAUAUUGAUGAUACGGUGCCGCACGCCACAACAACCAUUUGAAAAAUACUUGAGUUUUAUGAAUCGAGACGCAAGGUAGUUUGAAGUAGCAAACCGGUUUGUCAAAGUCAUAUUUAUUUACCUUGUAGAGUUUYGUAUUCACAGCAAAAAAUAACACUAGUAUUUCGUUCAGCGCGUACUAUUACGAAAUACUGUACUACCGUACUACUAAUCAACAAACACACGAAGUUGUCCGAAUCCAUCUCCGGUUCGUGAUUCGCAGUCGUGGAUGAUUCAGAAACAAUUCGGACUGACUCAAUCCCGUCAUCUGCUCCGCAUUUACCAUAAGGUAACGGUACCGUACGGCUUCGGCAUCGACGGACCAAAACCGCGCUCUACCGGUAGCUUCUGCGUCGUUUCUCAUCGAGUCGAGUGAAAAAAUUUCAAAAACCUGCUGCGACUUCCUUUGGACCACCUCUCCCUGAGAAUCAGUUUCCUUCCCCAUCUCCUCUACAGUAAUCCCUUUCGAGCAGAGCCAAACUGUCCCUACAUACACUUUUAAACCAAUACAAUGAGCGCUUUCACGAAAGUAGCAAACUUCGUUCAAAAGGGAGCUGUAACGGGGCUCUUUUCUGUCUUUGCAUGGCAAGCUUAUCAAAUCGGUAAGUGACUGCUGACGGAAGGGGAUGGAAAACAUGGUCGAUCCUGGUGACAAUCGAUGUUUCAACAAUCGUCCAUUAUAUCUCACUCAACUACAUUUUUGUUUGUUUCAAUGCCAACAGGUGUCCAGUGCACAGAUCACAGAAAGAGCAAGCGCAUUGAAUCAAGAAGUCAGCACGAA